AUGGAACACGGCCUCCCCGCCCCCGCUGCAGGCCCCACCAAGGAAAAGGCGCUUCCGCCCAUCCCCCCGGCCGGCGAGCCGCUCAUACCGCCCAUGUCGCUCCGGCGCAAAAACGUCAAGCAACUCUCGUUCAGCCCCGCGGCACACACUCCUCUGGGGCUGCAAAUCUCGAAGGACUUCGAAAUAGACCCCCAAGCCCCCGACUACUCCCGCGAGCUCGGCCGCUUGGCCGCACUCAAGACCCAGCCCCGCAAAAAACACCCGCGCCCGGCGCCGUUGGUCAACAUCGCCCACGCGCCCGCACAGACGUCGCCGCAGGACUUGAUCGACUCGUUCCACCACUUGGACUUGUCCUCGCGCACGCCCGACAUGGCGCCGCCGCCGCCGCUCGUGCCCCGCCAGCGCCGCACGGUCAUCAGCCUGCUCUCGCCCACCAAGCUGCCGCUCAGCGGCCUGCCGCUGCCCCGGCCCGCGGCGCUCGGCCUGCCCGGCCCGGACUCGCCGUUGGCCGCCACGCUGGGCUCGCUCAACUUGCGCGACGAGGACUUGGUGCACUUGAAGGACCUCGGGCUGGGCAACUCGGGCGUGGUGCUGAAGGUGUUGCACGUGCCGCUGCAGAAAACCAUGGCCCGCAAGGUGGUGCUCGUGGACUCCAAGCUGGCGGUGCAGACGCAGAUCAUCCGCGAGUUGCGCAUCAUGCACGAGUGCCGGUCGCCGUACAUCAUCGAGUUCUACGCCGCGUUCCUCCGCGCCAACAACUCCAUAGUCUUGUGCAUGGAGUACCUCAACUGCGGCUCUUUGGACCACAUCGUGCAGUUGUGCACGCCGCGCCAGUUCCCGCGGCCCGUGCUCCAGAAGCUCCUGUUCCUGAUCCUCUGCGGCUUGACCUACCUCUACGACACCCACCGCAUCCUCCACCGCGACAUCAAGCCGUCCAACGUGUUGAUGUCCCACCGCGGCGACUUCAAGCUCUGCGACUUUGGCGUGUCGCGCGAGCUCGCCAGCUCGCUCGCCAUGGCCGACACCUUCGUGGGCACGUCCACCUACAUGCUGCCCGAGCGCAUCCAGGGCCUAGCCUACGGCUUGAAGUCCGACGUAUGGUCCAUGGGGCUCAUGCUCGUGGAGUUGGCCUCCGGCAGGGGCGUGUGGAGCGACGACGGCCCCGACGGCUCGCGCCACACGGGCCCGGAGGGCAUCCUCGACUUGCUCCAGCGGAUCGUCAACGAGGACUCGCCGCUGCUCACCAACAAGACCGACCCCGUGCUGCGUGCCGCCUACGACCCGGCCUUGUGUGCGUUCAUCGACCUGUGCCUUGUGAAGGACGACAAGCUCCGCCACUCGCCGGACGCGUUGCUACGGCACCCGUUCCUUGCGGGCGUCGCGCAGGGCGCCUGCGACAAGGACGUCAAGGCCUGGGCCAAGCACAUCCGCAAGCUCCACAAGGAAAAGUGCGAUCACCAGUGA